ACAACAUUCGCUGGUUUAUAGAAAAUUUCAAGUAUGUGGAAAAAUGUAAGUAACAAACGGAUGAAAGGUUGAUUUAUCAAUUGCACGCAUCUCCUUUACGUGCCACGGCCUUUUAAUUUAAUCGACGUGUCUCCGUCUAUCUUUACAACGUCUAUGAUUUUCAUCGAGAAAGUUUUGUGUGGUACAUACAUACAUACAUACAUGGAUAGGAUAGGUUAUUAGAAGGUUAGGUUAGGUCUACCGAAUAAAAAAAGCUAUCUUGAGCACACACCACUAUCUAUACGUGUGUGACGGUUCGAGAUUCAUCUAGGUCAGUGCGAUGUUGGUCGACAUGCGUCAAAGUGGGUGUGUAAAGGUGCACGCAAGAUAUACGAAUGACAGUCGUCGUCGUCGUCGAUAGUGACGAUCGGGACUGGUUCAAGUUGUAAUUGGACUGAUUGGAGUAGUUGCAACUAGUAUCAUACAAGACUGGAAAAGUGAUGGCGAGUAGCAAUGGAGUAGCAUCGGUGAUGGUGGUGACUGCCAAAGAUCUUUUUUAACGAAUGGCUUUGUCCGAAGUGCAUAAUUUGAGCGUGAUCAACAAUGCUUUCGCUGUUGACGAGAAGAAUAACGAGACCAAACGCAGCGUCGAUAUGUUGGAAGUACCACGAAAGAUUUACUCUAGGGACAUGUAUAGCAUGGAACACAAUCAACUAUGGAACUAUGACUUAAUGGAUUGCAGCGCGAAAAGAAAUAUGAAUAAUUUUGAAGACGAGGACUCGAGUCAGGACUUGAAUAAUCCAAUGGUUAACGACCUGGUAUCAAAAAUUCUCGACGAAGAUUCCAUUACAAUUGAUACUUGUCGCGAUAGAUACAACAGCGGAACGCAUAUACAUUACCAAGCGGAAUUUAAUAAUUCUUGUUCUAAUCAAAUCGGAGAUAGUUCAGACGCUUAUUUGACCGAUUAUAUAGAUCAUUUAGGAGUUCGUUAUCCAUGCGGCAAGUUUACAAACAAUAUUUACAACAAUGCCAAAAACGAAUAUCAUCAAUCGCCCACUAAUCUUUGUAACGAUUUGAAAACGUUGAAUCUCGGUGCUUGCAUCGAGCAGACAGCUAUAGCGGGACAGAAUAAUGCAUGUGGCACGGAGAUUACAUCGAAUACUUACUUAUCCGAUCCUCGAUCUCGUGUUAUUUCACAUUCAACGGACGCGGGUAUAUACACAAGCGCAAGUAACGUGCCGUGCAAUGAUUUAACGACAACUACAAAUGGAUCGAAUUACGGUAAACAGUCUGGUAAUUGGACGGAAUCGUUCGUAACUCCCUCGUUGGGCUGCAGAGGCGAAUUGAUUGGAAAUUAUUCGAGAAUCUCAAAUUGCGUUAAACCCGAUCUUAAUUUUAACGUGACUGCAUUAAGCCUGACUUUAGAUUCACCAAACUCCGUUCCCAUUAACGAGCAAGAGUAUCGCAAUAGUACGAGGCAAAACGCGUCAUUGAACUCGUAUAGCAAUACUAUAGUAAAUAUGCACGAUGUGUACAACGUUACCAAUAGCAUCGGUUCUGGAUACAGACCCAACUCGGCGAUGACUGAUCUGAGCGCCGAUUCCGGCUUCUUAUCGAAUUCGCCGUUACAACAUUUCUCGCCCGCCGAUACGACUUUACACUCUUGUUUCGGCAACGGUAUGCAAGGCAAUGGUAACGGCGACUUUGCUAGGAACGAUACCGCUAGAUUAAAUAUGACAGGCGUUAGCAUACCCAACGAGCAGAUUCAGUUCUUGCAGCAAUCGCAUACGCGUAGCUACAAAUUGGCGGAUCAAGCUGUGGACCAAGAUUACAAAAACUUGAUCAAUUAUUAUCCCCCUGGUACAAAUAGCUUUAUCGCAUCUUCGACGAGUAAUUUAGACACAAACGAAAACGUUUGUCUCCCUAGUGAUUGUAGAAUUGAUAAUGGCUUACUGAAAAUGAUUAAUCCGAAAUCAAAGUUUAUCGAAACCAAAACUUACUCACCGAUAGGAUUUCCAAAAAAUCUGAGCUCGCGUAAUUUAUAUCAGCCUAUCGCCAAGUAUGGUUGUCACAGUUAUCAUCAACAGUACACUGCCAACAGCGGCGACACUUUGAAGAUAUUGCAACAAAAUUCCACAUUUUAUCACAACGAUUUGAAACAGCCUAAACUCAGCAAUGCGUACAAAUUGGAUGGAUUUGACAUUGCUAAAGAAAUAGCCUUUCCCUCGGGAAGUCACUUGACCGAUCAUAUUACGAGAUCUGCACUGGACAAGGAUGCCUUGUCCAAUCAUAUUUUGAAACAACGGCACCACUUAUCGAAAAUACAGAGCAUUCCAGCCGGGAUCCCGCCUCCUGAAAUAAUUUUUAAUUCGGGAAUGAUAUCGGGUACAAAUACCGUGAGAUCAUUUCCGUCAGCGAUGCCGGUUUCUGUUCCGGUUCAUCCUGUGCCACGACUGUUCUCCGCUCUUUACGGAGGCAAUCUAAGUUUCAGAAAUGGCAAUGGCGCAGCUAGAAAGACAGGUCCUUCGAGUAUAUUGCAUUUCAAUCUCGAGCAAACGUACGAACAAUUUAAGCAAUUGGAGAAAGAGCGCAAGAAAUGCGAGGCCGGAUUGGCCGCGCAUUUUCCGGGGAAACGAGUAACCAGCGCGAAUAACAUACCUAUCCCACGUCUUCAGGGAAAUCCAUCGAGAGUCGAUCGCUUGAUAAUUGAUUAUCUGAGAGAACACGCCCGUGUCAUUACAUUGAUAGCAAAAAUGGAACGCUUACGCGGGACCACGAUGAAUCAACGCGUACACAAAGCUAUGGAAUAUUGGCUGGAAGCUAUCAAAUAUGUUCAAGAAUGUCGUAAACAGGAGAUCACGAAUGCUAUCAAACGUCAGAAGGAGAAUCCACAUUGCAUUUUAGCAUAUAAUGAUAAUGGAAUAAAAGUUGGAAGAAAGACGGAUAUAAUUAAAAAUAUACAGGACUUGGUCUCUAUUACGGAAAAUGAUCAAGUGACAGCUGUCGCAUGGGACGAUGAUGACGAACGACAAGUCUUAAUAGCUUGUGGCAUAAGAGGAGACAAAAAGAUAAAAAUAUACGAUUCUGACAGUUUAGCAUUGACAUGUUCAUUUCCCUGUAAUACGGGCCAAGGAAGCAUUAUUGGAAUAUCAAGAUAUAACAGAUCUGUUUUGAUAGGAGUCAAGUCUGGUGAAGUAAGUUUAUGGCCAUUUGAUGGAAAAGAAGAGGUAUUGAUAAAUGCUGGAGAAAAUUUGAAUAGAAUGCGUCAAUCAUGUAUGCAAAAAAAUAUAAUAGCAACUGGAGGAUUAGAGAAUAGGCUAAAAUUAUUUGAUUUAGAAAAACAAGAACAAAUAUUCAGUGAGAAAAAUCUUCCACAUGACUGGCUGGAAUUGAGAAUACCAAUUUGGAUAUCGGAUUUAAAUUUUUUGCCAGGAACCCAACAGAUAGCUACAGUUGGCAGAUAUGGGCAUGUACACUUGUAUGAUCCAAAUGCGCAAAGACGUCCUGUAAUAAAUUUAACGAUUCAAGGUGAAGCUUUGACCUGCUUAAGCGUGACGCCCAAAAACAAACAUAUUAUAGUUGGUUCGGGUAAAGGUAGGAUGAAUCUCAUCGAUCUGAGAAAACCAAGCACUAUAUUGAACACAUACAAAGGAUUUGCCGGCGGUGUAACUGGGAUAGCUUGUAGCACGAAUAAUCCAUUUGUUGCUAGCGUUAGUCUCGAUAGAUACUUACGGAUACAUCAUAUUGAUACAAAGGAACUUUUAAAAAAAAUUUAUUUAACAUCAAGAUUAACGUGCCUGGUAAUGAGAUCAGAUUUCUCUAUGGAAACGGGAAUUGAGCCUGCAAAGAAUAUUUGUUAACGCACUAUCCUCCUUCAAAAUCUCUAUACCAUCACCUGCAUGAAUAUGAAAAUGAAUGAAAAUCAGCAUCAAAAGGUACAAAAUUUACAUUUUAUAUGGAAAAAAAUUUUUUUUUGUAAAGCUUGGAAUAAAGUUUCUGAAUAGCACUGGGCUUCGACUAUAAGAGUGCUUGCUUCUUCCACUCUAUUGUGAAACUCUUUUUCAUUUAAAACAAUAUAUCAUACCUAUACAUUCCAGCCAACAAAAAACUCUUACAUCAUAAUUUUCAUUUUCCUUAUGAAAUAUGAUGCAAUGAUUAUUUAUAUAAUAAUGCAGGAUUUUACUCACUGUUUUUUAUGUAAAAAGAAGAUUUGAUACAUGGUAUAAAACUUUAAUGCCAUACAUACCAUUGAUGAAUAGAGCAAUUGCAAAAUAUAUAUUUCUUAUUAAGUCACCAGUGAUGUUAAGGUGAUCUAUUUAUUAUAUAAGAUCACUAAUUAUAAAAAGACAUUAGGUAUUUGCACAUAUUAACACAUUUCUUAGAGAAAUUAACAAAAAGAGAAAAAUAGGUUGUGUUUUUACAAAAGAAAAACU